AUGUAUGGAGGUUCUAUGUCUGGUAAAGAUGAUGAGUACGAUUAUCUGUUUAAAGUUGUACUGAUCGGAGAUUCGGGUGUCGGGAAAAGUAACUUACUCUCACGUUUCACAAGAAACGAGUUUAAUUUGGAGAGUAAAAGUACAAUCGGCGUUGAGUUCGCUACAAAGAGUGUAGAAAUUGAUGGAAGGACUAUAAAGGCCCAGAUCUGGGAUACUGCUGGUCAGGAACGUUAUCGAGCUAUAACAGCUGCCUAUUACCGUGGUGCUGUUGGUGCCCUGUUGGUCUAUGAUAUCACGAAAAGAGAGACUUUCAACAAUCUUGAACACUGGUUACUUGAGUUACGAGGCCAUGCAGAACCAGAUAUCGUCAUUAUGUUGGUUGGUAAUAAGUGUGACCUUAGACAUCUUCGGACUAUAUUGACGGAAGAUGCAAAGCUUUGGGCUGAGAGGCAUGGACUUUUCUUUAUGGAAACCUCAGCUUUGGAAUCUACCGGCGUUGAAAAUGCCUUUUAUUCGAUUCUUAAAACUAUUUUUGAGGCUGUCCGUUCACAUCCUCCAGUGAGUAAUAUGGACAUGAAAAUGUCUCCAUAUCCUAAUCAACCGAUCGUUUCACCGAACACAGACAGUUCAAAGAGUGGACGACGGUGUUGUAGUUAG